AUGGAUGAAAGUAGUGCUAAUGCUAGUGGAGGUGGAAGGGGGAGAAACAAGCGGUUUUGGACUGCUAAAGAAGAUAGGGUUCUUGUAUCAGCAUUAUCAGACCUAGCUGUUGACCCUCACUGGAGGUGUGACAAUGGGUUUAGAAGUGGUUACAUGGUUCGAUUGGAGGAGGUUAUCGGUAACGUUGUACCUGGAUGUGGUUUGAAGGCUUCACCACACAUAGAUUCUCGACUGAAGACACUUGUAGCCAAGUUUAGAGCUAUUUCUCAAAUGUUAAACACGAGCGGAUUUGUUUGGGAUGAUGAAAGAAAAAUGGUUUCUAUUGAAAGAGCUGUUUAUGACGAGUACUGUAAGAGUCAUCCAAGUUGCAAAAAUUUAUAUGGAGUUUCCUUUCCGCACUUUCAAGAACUGCAGAAUAUAUAUGACAAAGACUAUGCUACUGGUAAACCAUCUGAAGGUUAUGUUGAAGCAAUUAACCAUUUGGAAAAAGUUGCCCCUUCGCAGGUUAUACUUGAUUCAAGUGAUGAUGAGGGACCCCGUGAUUCUGGCACUGUUAAUUCUCCUCCCUCAAAAAAAAUCAAGACUGAAAAAACUGCAAAAAAAAGGAGAAAAAGUGAUGGUGCUGGUAGUUCGAACGAGUUGGCUAGCUUACAAACAUUCAUGAAAGAUAUGAAUGUUCAUCUUUCCACUAUGGCUAAUGUAAUGGCGAGAACUAAUGAACGUGAAAAAGAUACAUAUGAAAGAGAGAAAAAAUUAGUGCAGCAGAGUGAACAAGUGCUAGAAGAACUACUCUCUCUCAAUUUAGAGGGUGUCACUCCUAAACAAGUGUUUGAAGUUGCCGAACAUCUAGCUUCGAAACCACACAAGCUUAUGAUAUUUUCAAAGUGUCCAGACGCUUUGAAAAGUAGUUAUGUUAAGAGUCUUAUUAGGGAAAACGAUGAUGCUUAA